UAUUGAAGCGCCACCCUCUCUGCAAUGAGGCCCAGUCUUUGCUGCGAACAAACCGAUUCUAGGUCAGCCCUUAACGAAAGCGUCGUUUAGGAAGCCAGGAAGUCAAACUUACAACUACUGCGAUUCACACUUGCAGCCGUACAGUUGGAAAUAUUAAAUAAAAUCACACUUCGCUCUUUUUUUUUCUAAACAUUUUGCCAGCUAGCCUGUCGCGAUGGACAAGCUUCGUCGGGUGUUGAGCGGCCAGGAGGAAAAUGAAGAGCUGGGUCUCACUACACAGAUCCUUGAUGCCAGCUCUCUCAGCUACAGCACCAGGGUGAAGUGGUUUGUCAUAUGCUUUGCUGGAGGCAUCCUGUGUUCAAUACUCGGUUCAGCACUGCUAUUCCUCCCAAAUGGAAUCAAGCUUUUCGCCGUCUUCUACACACUAGGGAAUGUCGCCGCUCUUGCCAGCACCUGCUUCCUCAUGGGACCACUAAAACAGCUGAAGCGCAUGUUUGAACCAACAAGACUGAUAGCCACCAUUGUUAUGCUGCUCUGUCUCGUGUUGACACUUUGUGCAGUGUUUUGGUGGCAUAAAAAAGGGCUGGCUAUCAUCUUCUGUAUUCUGCAGUUCUUGGCAAUGACGUGGUAUAGCAUCUCUUACAUUCCAUUUGCCAGAGAUGCUGUGAUGAAAUGCUUCACAACCUGUCUGAGUUAGGACUCCUUUAGUCUACAAUUAUGUUUGAAGACUGGUCCUAAUAUGCAAAAUGCAAGAGGAGUGGCUGUGUAAAAUAUACCAUCUAUGUUGUUUAUACACUAUUCUGUAUCUCCAGAUUUUUACUUUGGCUUUUUCAUACUGUGAAUUCUUGCUUUUAAAGUCUAGCUGAAGUUCUCUAACUAUAAUCAUAUCAUAACACUUUUCUUUUUCUUUUGAUAUGACUUGAGUGCCUUUGAUGCUUAAUAUAUUUAAAGAUUUUCCUAUAUUUUCAGAUGAUUUUAUACCAUUUAAGUGCAGGGAAAGAUUUUGACAUGGCUAUACAUUUGACAGUGCCUGAACAUUAUAUAUAUAUAGAGAGAGAGAUAUAUAUGAACAGACAUAUUGAUAUAUGUUGACAUAUUGACCUAUUUCCUUCUUAAACAGUGUGAGAUUCUUCUGGAUUUCUAGAUUGGUCUUCUGACUUCUUCUGCACAAACAUUAUUAAAACACACUGUCUUCCUGUUUUCUGUCUGUAUGUGAGGCACUGAUGUAUAAAGAGGCUUUCAGAUGAGCUUCCAUGUUUAUUUAUGAUGAUUUCCCCUUUGGCAAUUGAGGCACUGCUUCACUGAUGAUGCACUGGGAUAUGUGAUAUCCACAGCUCUUUUGAGGUUUUUCCAACUAAAGAGAUUAAAAAUCAGCUCCUGUCUA